AAUGGGAAUUUUAUUUUGCUCGAUAAGCAACUGGCUAUGAAUUAGUUGACUUUAUGUGAAACUUCAUCAACUUUGACCAAGUUAAUAUAUAGCUAUGGCAUCUUAUCUUAUGAUUAUUAUAAUAACAUGAUGUUUGCACACUAACCUAUCAAAAAAGCAUAUAUAUUAUUGUGCUGCAACAAUGGCUCAAACUCAGAGUAUCCACAACGUGCAUUGAGUUCAGUUUCAGGCUUCAAGAUCAGUUUUUGAUUUAGAUGGGCGCCAUGGGGCUGCAGAGAUUUUGAUUCUGUCAAGGAAUAGUACAAAAGUUUCGUUCCACUCAGGUGCUAUUUAGUUCUAAAUAUUCCAAGUAAGGUAGCUGACAAUUGGACCAGCAUAUUGGAGUUGGUAAAAUGGAGGCAAGGACAGUGGGGAAUGGAAAUACAAAUAUGCAUGACGAUGCUGCAUUAAAAAACAAUGUAGAAGCAGAGAAAAUCCCUUCCAUGAUUAAUGAUCAAGAAGAUUCGGAUAAGAAUGGAGAGAAGAAAACCAACACUGUUUCAUUUCUCAAGCUGUUCUCAUUUGCAGAUUCCACUGAUGUUCUCUUGAUGAUCAUUGGCACAAUAGGUGCCAUUGGGAAUGGGCUAGGUAUGCCUCUUAUGACAAUACUCUUUGGGGAAUUGAUUAAUGUUUUGGGAAGUAAUCAGCAUAACAAAGACGUAGUUCGUGACGUUUCCAAGGUUUGUGUAAAAUUUCUCUACAUGGCAGCAGGGAUAGGUUUUGCAGGAUUCCUCCAGGUGGCUUGUUGGAUGGUCACUGGGGAGCGACAGGCUGCACGAAUAAGGGGUUUGUAUUUGAAGACAAUUUUGAGACAAGAUGUUGCUUUCUUUGAUAUGGAAACAAACACUGGAGAGGUUGUUGGGAGAAUGUCAGGUGACACUGUUCUCAUACAAGAUGCCAUGGGUGAGAAGGUUGGGAAAUUUCUGCAGCUAGUAUCAACAUUCAUUGGGGGCUUUUUCGUAGCAUUUUUCAAAGGGUGGCUUCUUACCCUUGUCCUGUUAUCCUCAAUUCCUCUUCUUGUGGCAUCUGGUGGUCUUAUGUCCAUCCUCAUAUCCAAGACAGCAUCCCGUGGACAAAGUGCUUAUGCAAAUGCAGCAAAUGUAGUUGAACAAACAAUUGGCUCAAUAAGAACAGUUGCAUCAUUUACUGGGGAGAAGCAAGCUAUAAAUAAUUACAAAAAGUACCUUACAACUGCUUACAAAUCUGGUGUUCACGAAGGUUUGGCAUCUGGAUUAGGUUUUGCCACUGUUAUGUUAGUCAUGUUCAGCAGCUAUGGUUUGGCUAUAUGGUAUGGAUCAAAAUUGAUACUGAACAAAGGAUACAGUGGGGGUGAUGUGCUGAACGUGAUUAUGGCUGUAUUGACUGGAUCUAUGUCCUUAGGCCAGGCAUCUCCCUGCAUUAGUGCCUUUGGUGCUGGUAAAGCUGCAGCUUAUAAGAUGUUUGAGACUAUCGAGAGGAGGCCAGAGAUAGAUGCUUAUAACCCAAAGGGAAAAAUUUUGGAUGACAUUCAUGGAGAUAUAGAGUUGAGAGAUAUUUAUUUCUGUUAUCCAGCUAGACCAGAUGAGCCAAUAUUCAGUGGAUUCUCUCUUUAUAUUCCUAGUGGCACAACUACAGCUUUGGUUGGACAAAGUGGAAGUGGAAAAUCAACAGUGAUUAGUCUAAUUGAGAGAUUCUACGACCCACUGGCUGGUGAAGUUCUCAUAGAUGGCAUUAAUUUGAAAGACCUCCAACUUAAAUGGAUAAGGGAGAAAAUUGGUCUUGUUAGCCAAGAACCUGUCUUGUUUUCAUGCAGCAUUAAAGAUAAUAUUGCAUAUGGAAAAGAUGGCGCAACGUAUGAAGAGAUCAAAACUGCAUCUGAACUUGCAAAUGCUUUUAAAUUUAUUGAUAAAUUGCCUCAGGGAUUAGAUACUCAGGUUGGUGAGCACGGAACACAACUUUCUGGUGGUCAGAAGCAGAGAGUUGCCAUUGCAAGAGCAAUUCUGAAAGACCCAAGAAUCUUACUUCUCGAUGAAGCUACAAGUGCACUUGAUGCAGAGUCUGAAAGGGUAGUGCAGGAGGCAUUGGACAGGAUUAUGAUCAACCGGACAACCAUCAUUGUUGCCCACCGUUUGAGCACGGUGAGGAAUGCAGAUACAAUUGCAGUCAUUCACAGGGGGAAGAUGGUUGAGAAAGGCUCACACUCAGAACUAGUCAAGGAUCCUAAUGGAGCUUACUCUCAGCUUAUACACUUGCAAGAAGUAAAUAAUAAUUCAGAACAAGGUGCAGAUGAUCAAAACAGAUCAGAAAUUUCUGCUGAAUCUUUUAGACAGUCAAGUCUUAGGAAUAGUCAAAGAAUGUCAUUCCUACGAAGCUUAAGUCGGGCAUCUUCAGCAGGAAGUGGCCGCCGUUCUUUCUCAGUCACAGCAUUUGGUUUGCCAACAGAAAUUACCGUUCCUGAUGGAGAACUGGCAGAAAUAGAAGAAAACUACCCCAAGGUUCCAAUCAGCCGUAUUGCUUACCUUAACAAGCCAGAGAUUCCAAUACUUCUUCUUGGGACUAUAGCUGCAGUUAUCAACGGCGUGAUACUUCCUAUAUUUGGUAUACUGCUUGCCAGGGUGAUCAACGCAUUUUAUGAACCACCUCAUAAACUGAAAAAGGAUUCAAGUUUUUGGUCACUAAUGUUUGUGGCCCUCGGUGUGGUAUCAUUUCUGGCAAUUCCAGCAAGAGGAUACCUCUUCGCCGUGGCUGGGUGUAAGUUAAUAGCACGUAUUAGAUUGAUGUGUUUUGAGAAGUUGGUUCACAUGGAGAUUGGUUGGUUUGAUGAGCCUGUGCACUCGAGUGGCUCAAUUGGUGCUAGGCUCUCAGGGGAUGCAGCAACAGUGCGUGCCCUUGUUGGGGAUGCGCUUGGUCAGAUGGUUCAUGUUAUCGCUGCAGCAGCUGCAGGUUUGGUCAUUGCAUUUCUUGCAAGCUGGCAGUUGGCAUUUAUUAUCCUUGCAUUGAUUCCUCUCAUCGGAGUCAAUGGAUACAUUCAAAUAAAGUUCAUGAAAGGAUUCAGUGCAGAUGCAAAGUUGAAGUAUGAGGAAGCAAGCCAAGUUGCUAAUGAUGCAGUUGGAAGUAUAAGAACAGUUGCUUCUUUCUGUGCUGAAGACAAGGUGAUGGAGCUAUACAGAAGCAAAUGUGAAGGCCCAAGGAAGGCAGGGAUAAGGCAAGGCUUGAUCACUGGAAUUGGAUUUGGGACUUCUUUUGGCUUGUUGUUUCUUGUCUAUGCUACAAGUUUCUAUGCAGGAGCUCGUCUCGUUCAGGCUGGGAAAGCAACAUUCUCAGAUGUUUUUCAAGUUUUCUUUGCUUUGACCAUGGCAGCUAUGGGAAUUACACAAACAAGCAACUUAGGUCCAGAUACUGGCAAAGCCAAGAAUGCUUCUGGUUCCAUAUUUGCAAUAGUAGAUCGGCAGUCAAAGAUAGACCCAAGUAAUGAGUCUGGGAUGACAUUGGAGAAUGUGAAAGGAGAAAUUGAGCUUUGUCAUGUAAGCUUCAAAUAUCCUUGUAGGCCAGAUAUUCAGAUUUUUCGAGAUCUUAGCUUGACAAUUCGUUCUGGCAAGACAAUUGCUCUGGUUGGAGAAAGUGGGAGUGGGAAAUCCACAGUAAUAGCAUUAUUGCAAAGGUUUUAUGAUCCCGAUUCUGGUCAUAUUACACUUGAUGGAGUUGAAAUUCAGGAAUUUCAAGUGAAGUGGUUGAGGCAACAGAUGGGUCUUGUGAGUCAAGAACCAGUUUUAUUUAAUGAAACUAUUCGAGCCAAUAUUGCAUAUGGAAAGGGAGGAAAUGCAACUGAGGCAGAUAUCAUAGCUGCAGCGGAGUUAGCAAAUGCUCAUAGGUUCAUUAGUGGCUUACAACAGGGUUAUGAUACAAUAGUAGGAGAACGUGGAGUUCAAUUGUCUGGUGGACAAAAGCAACGGGUAGCCAUUGCACGUGCUAUGAUUAAAAGUCCAAAGAUAUUACUACUAGACGAAGCUACUAGUGCACUAGAUGCUGAGUCUGAGAAGGUGGUCCAAGAUGCAUUGGAUCGUGUUAUGGUUAACCGAACUACAGUUGUGGUGGCGCAUCGAUUAUCCACAAUCAGGAAUGCAGAUGUAAUCGCAGUGGUUAAAAAUGGAGUUAUUGUAGAGAAAGGAAAGCAUGACAAUUUGAUUAGAAUCAAGGAUGGCUUCUAUGCCUCCUUGGUGGCGCUACAUACAAGUGCUUCAACUACUUGAGCUCUAAGUAAAUUUUAUUUUUUUACGUUGAUUUUACUUUUUCAAAUAGAUGAAAUACAUAAAUGUAUGUUGUUUUUUCUUCUUUUAAAUUCAUGGUUUGAUUUAUUUAUGCUUUUCUUCAUAAAUAAUUUAUCCAUAUUUGUAAUAUCAAAUGUUAGAACUUUGAAGUGUAAUGUAUUUGUGGUGGAUGAAUAAGAAAGAGCAGAGGAUGAAAAAAUUUCCUUAUGAUAA